AUGAAGUUGGCGUUUGGUCUUGUUACCUUUGGCCUGCUUGCUAGGUUGGGCCAUGCUGCGAACUUGGUCAAGUUCCCGGACCAACAUGUUUUAGCUGGUAAGCCCGUCAAUGGAGACCAGCCAGCAACAAAGUUUACCAAAGGAGUCAGAAAGGAAUUGAAGAAAGCAGAGAUCAUCCCAACUGUUAUCGAUGACUUCGUUCCCACCUUGGACUUGGAAGCCAAUUGGUCCGAUCACAACCAAGCAUCUCUGGGCAACACUCUUAAGCCGGAAGACCUUCAAGAUACCCCCUCUGUUCUACUCAGGGACCCGUUAUCGUCUACAGCUUGCCGUCUUCGCUCUAGCACAAGUCUCGUGAUUGUCAUUACCGAUCCCGAUGCCCCAUCACGAGAUGACCCUAAGUGGUCCGAGUUCUGCCACUGGAUUGCUGUUGGACCGCUCGUAACGGAGGAUUGUCCCAUCAUGGACGAACAAACCGAAACCCAGGGAUGUUGUUUGUCCGUUUCCCUCGGGACCUUGGAGGAUAUCGUGUCUUACACACCCCCGGCUCCGCCCGAAAAGACCGGAAAGCACAGAUAUGUUAUCUUGGCCCUCGCGCCGUUCAAUGGAACAAGCGAGAAGCUGCACUUGUCGAAGCCCAAGGAGAGAAAGCGCUGGGGACACGAUGAAGUGGUGAACGGCAAGACGCAUGGUGUAAGAGAUUGGGCGGUUGAGAAUGGACUAGUACCCUUUGCGGCGAACUUCAUCUAUGCGCAGAACGAGAAACAGUGA